AUCGCAAUGUUAUCAGUACCAAGCAGGUCACUGUACAGUCGUUUUUACACAAAAUACAUGAUAACCGCGAUCACUUAGAGUGGAAAAUGUAGUUCUGCUAAAAGUCUAAUACUCUUUGUUUUUUUUUUUUAGUUUAAAUUAAUACUUUAGUUAUCACGAUUUAAUCUAUUAUUUAAAAAAAAGUUGUUUGGUGUUCAUGCGUAAAUAAUGAAAAUAAACUGUAGCCGAUCGAUGAAUUGAAUUCUGUCUUAAAUCACCUUCACUUUGUUACUGCCAUUUACAAACAUUUAAAAAACAUUGAAUGAAAUAUCAAAAUUAUAUGGAUUUUAUAUUUUUAUAAUGGAUAAAUAUUCAAAAUUCUAGUAGCUACUUUUCUUUGGACAUAGACUUAUCAAAAUGAAAAGUGAGUAUAACAUUGAUUGGGUCAUACCUAAACUUAAAAAUCGAAAUGGACUUUGGAGAGUGGCUUCAAAUAUUACUAUGGUGGCAGUCGGUAUAUUCAGUAAAAUAAUCAUUGGUUGGUUCAACAAAGCAAAAUUUUACAACACCAAUACUUUUAUGAAAGCUAUUGAACGACCAAAACAUAUACCUCUAAUAACAGUUUCUAAUCAUGAUUCGUGUUUUGAUGAUCCUGGGAUUUGGGCUGCGUUCAGUUGGAGAAAUAUAUUCUUAGCCAAACAAGCUAGAUGGUCGUUGGCAGCUAAUGACAUUUGUUUCACAAAUUCUUUAUGUGCUCAUUUUUUUACUCUUGGACAGUGUAUUCCAACUAUCAGAGGAAAUGGAGUGUAUCAGGAUGCUGUUAAAUUUAGUGUUGAACUUUUAUCCCAAGGUCAUUGGUUACACUUAUUUCCUGAAGGUCGUGUAAAUAUGACUAAAGAAUACAUACGUUUGAAAUGGGGAGUUGGUCAAAUGAUUUAUAAAGCUCCUGUAACACCUAUUAUUAUUCCAAUUUGUCAUGUAGGUAUGGAAACUAUUCUUGCUAAUGAACCACCAUACUAUUUACGUACUGGUCGUAAAGUAACAUACAAUUUUGGAGAGCCCAUAGAAUUAGAAUCUCUUGUAAAUAAAUUACGAAACUCUGGUGCGAGUGAUGAAGAUGCACGCAAAGCCAUCACUGAUAAGAUUGAAAAAGAAUUGUAUAGACUGAAACAAGAUACAGAACUUUUACAUAAAAAGUUUAAUUCUUGACAGACAAAAUUAAAAAUAAUAAAAUUUAUUGAAAUUUUCUAUAGUAACAAAUUUUUCUUUAUAAAUACUUGAUUGAUUAUUACUAUGUAAUAUAUCUUAUUUUAGAAUUAAUUAUUACUAGUUAAACUUCAAAACAAAUUAAAACUGUUUUCAGUGUAAUUCAAUUUUUAGUUUAAAUGUACUUCUUUAGUGCUAUGUAUUAAAGAAUUAUUAAUUGAUAUCUUUAAGGCUAUUAAAAAUAUUAAAACAGGUUCUGUGAUUUAUUAU